AUGUCCACUGCAGCAUUGACCGAUCAGUUCAGCUCGCUGGUUUCAGGAAUUCGCGUCAUGUCCAGUUGUGUUGAGGGCGUUCGGUUUUUCUCGCGCGUGCAUCCGAAGAUGUAUCGAUGCCUUGGAAGAUCCAAAGUCGGGCUCAGCCGCGGGCUCCGGCUCCGCGGGCGGCAGCUGACUGCACUGGGCAGCGGUCGCUUCCGGCUCCAUGAGCCGGGAGUGGACGAAGAGCAGCUCCUACAGGGCCUGCCCUCCAUGGCGGAGGUGGAGCACUUCGCCAGGUACUGGAAGCAGCGAGUGCCAUGCCCAGACCCCUGGGCUCCAGUGGAAGGUUUCUACAUUCUGUCCCUGUAUGGACGUGCCCGGCGCAGAGUCUAUUUCGGGCGCUAUGAGACGAAGAGGUUGAUGGAGCAUGUGCUUUGGACGAGCUGCAUUCGCCCAUCCUUUGAAGGGGAAGAGCUUCUGCCGGCACCCACGAUCCUGCUGGCCACCUAUGGCACGGCAUUUUUCCGGCAAAAGGAGAAACACGUGGGUUAA